AUGCGUUACCAAGCUGCCGCCGCCGCCGCCAUCGUUGCGGGCUUCACAUUCUUCCAGAGCUGUCCUGCACCCGUCUGGGGUGCACACAUCAAGGUUACCGGAGAUAACCCCAAGUUUGGCAUCAAGAUCACGGGUAUCCCCUACUCUUGCAUUUCUGCUGCUCCCUGGUUCGAUGGAGUUGGAACCGUCCCGUUUGCUUGCGGCGAUGACUGCCUCCAGUACACGGACCUAACUAACGACGAGUACACUCAAGUCCGGCAGGCUUUCUUGAACAAGGCUCACGACUAA